AAAACUUUCUGCUCGGUUGAAAUGUCCUGCCCCGAUUGCUUCAAGGGAAGUGUCCACGAUGGCGAGCCUCGAGGCAAGAUAAUCAAGCUUCACGAUCUCGAUACCUACGUCGUCGAGCCAUCCGAGGGGAAGGAGGUCAAGGGGAUAGUCGUCGUCAUCCCAGAUGCCUUUGGCUGGAAGUUUGUCAACUGUCGACUCCUAGCCGACAACUACGCCGACAAGAGCAACUACAAAGUCUACCUGCCAGACGUUAUGAUCGGGGAUGCUGCUCCCGUGUCUGCCCUUGACAGAGUGCACAUUGCCAUGGCCCCUGGAAAUUGGCUCAGGCGAGGGUAUAACUUGCUCCUUGCCCUUUGGGCCGUGGUACCUUUCAUGAUACGUAACCGAUUCGGCAAGACCUAUCCCAUCACCGAGAGCUUUUUUGAGAAGCUUCGAAAAGCAGAGGGUUCCACCCUUCCCGUCGGCGUAGCUGGUUUCUGCUGGGGUGGCAAGCUUGCCAUUCUCUUAUCUCACGGUGUUGAGGUAGACGGCAAGCCUAUCAUUGACGCAGCAUUCACCGGCCAUCCUAGCGGAUUAAGCUUCCCUGGUGACUUUGAGAAGGUCACGGUGCCAGUUUCGGUCGCUGUGGGUGACAAUGACAGUCAGUUCCCCGUGGAGACGGCGGGAAAGAUGAAGGCCCUCGCCGAGUCAAAGCCUGAAUCAGCGAGGGGUGAGAUUAAGAUCUACCCAGGAGCUGGACAUGGCUUCUGCGUUCGUGCAUCCAUGGAGAAGGAGGGUCUUGCCGAGAAGGCAUCAGAGGCAGAGGAUCAGGCUAUUACAUGGUUCAAUACCCAUUUCAAGGUCGGCCCAUAG